GGGGUGGUGUGUCCAGAUCUGCAGUCUGGAAAGGCUCCCUCUGGCUGCCGUGUGGGGAAUAGAAAGGGAGGCGAGGGCGCGGAGGCACCAGCCGGGUUUCUUCAUCCGUCCAGGACAGCGGGAACUGGGCAGUGGAGGUGCUCUAAGUGGUCCGAGGGUCAGAUGUGGGGCAUGCAGGAAAGAGAGGCGUCUGGCUGAGCAGAGGGACAGCGGAUUGGGCAUAAGGAGUCAGACGGGUUGAAUGUUGAGACCCCAGGAGAGCCCGAGGGUGUAGGGGCAGCAUCAAACCGAGCUCACUCUGGGGCUCUGUGACCCCACAGGAGAGACAGGCUGGUGGAUCCUAUACGGAUGUCACAGUCCAGAGCUCCUGCUCUUCUCCCUUAGACUGGAGGUGUGAGCAAUCUGGGUGCAGGAUGAGCCGAAUGUCAUCCCUUGUUUGUUUGUUUUUUUGUAUUUUUAGUAGAGACGGGGUUUCACCAUGUUGACCAGGAUGGUCUCGAUCUCUUGACCUCGUGAUCCACCCGCCUCGGCCUCCCAAAGUGCUGGGAUUACAGGCUUGAGCCACCGUGCCCGGCCCAUCCCUUGUUUGAUAGAAGGGGAAACAGGUAGAAGGAUCACGGGUUUACCUCCUUGAUGGAAGGAGUGGCAGAGCUCUUCACAUUCCAGAGUCCUCUGAGGACUUCUCCGGCCCCUUUCUGGUGCCUGAUGGUGGUGGGCCGUGUCCCCGCUUGCUCCAUUACCUUUCCAGUCACACACCCUGCUCAUUCCACACUUCCUCUCUGUGCCACACCCACGCUCUGGGCCCCACAGGCUCCAACGAGAUGGCAAGAAAGCUGGGGCUGUGGGAGGCACCUCCCUGCCUGCUAUGCUAGGGUCUGCCAGGGACCACCUGCUGGUUUCCCUGGGACAUCUGCCAAGAUAAUGUCCAACCUUUCACCCUCAGCCCUUAGUGACCACGCAUAUCCAGAACCACUCUGCCCAGGAAGCAGGUCGUGCCAUCCCACUCCUGCAGAAGCCUCGUAUAUACUAGUUAAGAUGGCGGCUGCAGAGGCUGUGCACCACAUACACCUGCAGAACUUCUCACGCUCUCUGCUUGAGACCCUCAAUGGGCAGAGGCUGGGUGGGCACUUCUGCGAUGUGACUGUGCGCAUUCGUGAAGCUUCGCUGCGGGCCCACCGCUGCGUGCUGGCAGCGGGCUCGCCCUUCUUCCAAGACAAGCUGCUGCUGGGCCACUCAGAGAUCCGUGUGCCUCCGGUGGUGCCGGCGCAGACAGUGCGACAGCUAGUCGAGUUCUUGUACAGCGGUUCGCUUGUCGUGGCACAGGGUGAAGCUCUGCAGGUGCUCACGGCUGCGUCGGUGCUUCGCAUACAGACAGUAAUCGACGAGUGCACGCAGAUUAUCGCACGCGCUCGAGCCCCGGGCACCUCUGCACCCGCGCCCCUGCCCACCCCUGUGCCCCCGCCACUCGCACCUGCGCAGCUUCGUCACCGCCUGCGCCACCUGCUGGCUGCGCGCCCCCCGGGGCAUCCCGGUGCCGCGCACAGCCGUAAGCAGCGCCAGCCAGCGCGUUUGCAGCUGCCUGCUCCCCCGACACCUGCCAAGGCCGAAGGGCCUGAUGCUGACCCCUCACUGUCCGCGGCCCCUGACGACCGAGGUGAUGACGAUGACGAGGAAACCGACGAUGAGACCGAUGGCGAGGACGGCGAAGGUGGCGGCCCGGGUGAGGGCCAGGCACCUCCUUCCUUCCCAGACUGUGCUGCCAGCUUCCUCACUGCUGCUGCUGACAGCGCGUGUGAGGAGCCCCCUGCACCCACUGGCCUGGCUGACUACGGUGGUGCGGGGAGGGAUUUUCUUCGGGGAGCUGGGGCAGCUGAAGAUGUAUUUCCAGACAGCUAUGUAUCCACUUGGCAUGAAGAGGAUGGCGCUGUCCCCGAAGGCUGUCCAACCGAGACCCCUGUCCAGCCUGACUGCAUACUGGCUGGACCCCGCCCACCUGGUGUGAAGACCCCAGGGCCACCCGUCGCACUCUUUCCCUUUCACUUGGGUGCUCCUGGGCCACCUGCACCACCCCCUUCAGCACCAUCGGGGCCAGCCCCUGCGCCCCCACCCACCUUCUACUCCACACUCCAGCCGGAGGCAGCACCCAGCACUCAGCUGGGGGAGGCCCCAGCUCCCUCUGCUGCUCCCACCACGGCCCCCUCAGGCACCCCUGUUCGCACCGCAGGUGCCGAGCCACCUGCCUAUGAGUGCAGCCACUGUCGAAAGACGUUCAGCUCCCGGAAAAACUACACCAAGCACAUGUUCAUCCACUCGGGGGAGAAGCCGCAUCAGUGCGCCGUGUGCUGGCGAUCGUUUUCUCUGCGUGAUUACCUGCUCAAGCACAUGGUCACGCACACCGGCGUGCGCGCCUUCCAGUGCGCCGUCUGCGCCAAACGUUUCACGCAGAAGAGCUCGCUCAACGUGCACAUGCGCACUCACCGGCCGGAGCGCGCACCCUGCCCCGCCUGCGGCAAGGUCUUCUCGCACCGCGCGCUGCUGGAGCGCCACCUGGCCGCACACCCUGCGCCUUGAUGGGGCUGGGCCUGGCCUCGCCCACGGUGGAUCCGCGGCCUCCCGCACAAUCGCCCACGCCCGCUGUGGGACGCGUGGUUCCCGCCACUAGGCCACGCUCCCUUCUGAACCCAGAUCGUCUCUCCCUUCACCCCUUUCUCCAUGCCAGGGCCCAGGUGGUGCCGGGCUGGAACCCUAGUUCCAAACUGGUUAGGUACCAAACCACCUCUGAGAACUAGACCAUUUUGAGCCUAAACCGGGCGCUCAGGCCCUUGGACCCGACCCAAGAUUUGACUCCGGUUUCUGGCCCCGGCCUCUUCUGGGGUGGGGUUGGGGGCUGAGUCCACUCCCCUGCCCCACUGUUAGGCUGGGUGAGGUCCCUGGCUCUGUACCCAAGCUAUCACUCCCUCAUGGAGCACCUAAGGAGGAUCAAGUGGACCCUUCAUAUAUGGAGGCUGGGCCUCAGGACCCUCACUCAAAUAAAGGACUGUAGGCCAUGGGGCCUAAACCACGAA